AUGCCGGUGGCUAAGCGAGGACUUGUUGCUCCACAAAACACAUUCCUCGAAAAUGUCAUCAGACGCUGCAAUAGUGCUGAUACUAGCUUCAUAUUGGCAAAUGCUCAAAUAGUGGAAUAUCCGAUCGUUUACUGUAACGACGGCUUUGCUAAAAUGGUUGGCUAUUCAAGGGCUGAAAUCAUGCAGAAACCCUGCUCGCUUUCGUUCAUGCACACCGAUCAAAGCGAGCCGGAAGCAGUAAAGAAAAUUCAAAAUGCGCUCGAUUCUUGCCAAAAUGAGCAAACCGAAAUCGGGUUGUGCAAGAAAAACAGUAUGUUUUUC